CAUGGCGGCUGCUGUGCAUGCUCCAUUUUACUUGAUCCUCCUUGUUGCUGUGUUUGUGUGUGUUGUUCUCAGGUAUAGUAUAACUGUCCUGCUCGUCUGCUGCUCUCGGGUCCCUCCUUGCUGCGACUGGGGCCUGUGUAUCUCUGACACCGCCUGCCGCCCAGUGAUAAUGUGUAUCAGAUAGAGGCCCGGGCAGCUGUCCGCAGUCAUUCUCUCCUGACACACGCACGCUGGCAUCCAGUGUAACUGUGUGAUUAGGAUGUUAUGCGCUGGCGUGUGGACCACAAAGCAGGGCGGGGUUAAGGGGAUCUGUGUGUGUCUUUGUGGUUGUCUUAAUGGCCGCCUGCCUCAUCGGCCUGAGAGGAGGGACCAGAGGAGAGACCCCGCCAAUGAGUUGGAGACGUUUGGAUUAACGUCUCUGAGUGGACGCGGCCUCUGUGGGGCGGCAGACCAUUGGACCCCCGAGCUUUUCAUCUGCUCGUGACUGAUGUAUAGCACAUAUCCACUUCUGGGUAUCCGAACCUGCUGAGGUUAAGUAAUACGCAGAUCACUUUACGGCGCGGUGCGCUUUCGGGGCGUCUUUGCGUGGGAGGGCGCAUUCAGGGUGCCUCUUCUUUCGGUAUGGAGGCGCAUGUGAGUGUAGUGGGAAUCGCCGUGCAUCAUUGGCUGAUUGGGUGCGAGCUGUCGUGGGGGUGUCAUGUGCACCUUUCUUCUCACGUUGCCGGGGCAGCCCUAUGGGGGGUGCCCUUCCAACCCCCGCCACCCCUGUCCAAACAAGCACAGUUCAUCUAAACACACACCUAAUAGCCGGCUGAAAGGGAGGGUGCUGCUAAGGGCAACAAGUUGUGUGUGCGCGUGUGUUAUUAGGUGUCUGCAGUUCUAAUAAAGGAAAGCGCUGCGUCCCUCACUACCUCAGCAGAUGGCUUCGCUCUGCUUUGUCUGCCCGUCUGAUUUCUGUCUCUGUGUCUGUCAGCCCUGUGGUGGAGCUGGAUGGCUCCCAGCCUCUGGAUCUUCUGGAGCAGAACUUAUUCUGGAAGGACAUCUGGGUUGUUGUUUUUUUUUAUCUUAACUCUUAUUAUUUCUAUUGAACACGUGUUUUUGAAUUUUUAGCAGAUUAAGAGCAACAUGUUUGCGUGUUUGUGUGGCCUGUUGUGAAGUGUGUGUGUGUGUGUGUGUGUGUGGAUAGAAGAGGUAAAUAGUGUAUGGUGUUGCCAACACCACUGGAAAUGCUGGGGUGUCCAGCGUGGUUAUUCUUGGAUCAGUGACAGCGUGUCAAUGGCUGCAGAUGCGUCGCAAAGGAAGGCUCUGAGAUACCAACAGACCCUGCUGUACGGCGAGUACAGAGAGCAGCUGGGGAACUUCGCCCGGCGCGAGGCCGCCCGCCUGCUGACGGAGAGGCAAUGGAGGCGGGGGGCGGGGGGCGACGGUGCGGCCGCCGGCCGGCGAGGCCCCAGGCGCUGGCACCACCACCACCACCACCACCACCACCACCACCACGUGACCUUGGAGUCGCAUCCCAGCCACACCUCUUCCACCAAGAAGCCGCGUCCCUACUCCAAAUGCCAAGAUUGUUUGGCACGCGUGCGGCAGUACAUAGUGACCAAGAUGGGCGAGGACUGGAUCUUUCUGGUGCUGCUGGGUCUGACGAUGGCGCUGGUCAGCUGGAGCAUGGACUACGCCAGCGCCAAGAGUCUCCAAGCCUAUAAGUGGAUGCACGGGGAGCUCCGGGGCAACGUGCCGCUCCAGUACCUCGCCUGGGUCACGUAUCCCAUGAUCCUCGUCGUGUUCGCCUCGCUCUUCUGUCACCUGGUCUCCCCGCAGGCCAUCGGCUCUGGCAUCCCGGAGCUGAAAACCAUCCUCAGAGGCGUGGUCCUGAAGGAGUAUCUGACCUUCAAGGCUUUCAUCGCCAAGGUCGUUGGCCUGACGGCUGGCCUGGGCAGUGGGAUGCCGGUGGGCAAAGAGGGUCCGUUUGUCCACAUCGCCAGUAUCUGUGCUGCAGUGCUGAGUCGAUUCAUGUCCAUCUUCUCUGGAGUCUAUGAGAACCCUUACGGUUACACAGACAUUCUGACUGUGGGCUGUGCCGUGGGGGUGGGAUGCUGCUUCGGCACUCCUCUUGGAGGGGUUUUGUUCAGUAUUGAGGUCACGUCUACCUAUUUCGCGGUGAGGAAUUACUGGCGGGGAUAUUUCGCCGCCACGUUCAGCGCCUUCAUAUUCAGGGUGCUCUCUGUUUGGAACAAGGAUGCGGUCACAAUCACAGCUCUCUUUAAAACUAACUUCCGGAUGGAUUUCCCCUUUGACCUGCAGGAGCUGCCUGCGUUUGCAAUAAUAGGGAUCUCCUGUGGCUUCCUGGGAGCCUUCUUCGUCUACCUGAACAGACAGGUGGUCCUCUUCAUGCGACGGCCAACGGCGCUCACCCGCUUCCUGACCAAACAUCGACUCAUCUAUCCAGGUGCAGUGACGCUGAUCAUCGCCACUAUCACCUUUCCUCCUGGAUUUGGUCAAUUCAUGGCUGGAGAGCUGAUGCCCAGAGAGUGCAUCAACUCCCUUUUUGACAACUUCACCUGGACCAAAAUCUCAGGGUCGCCUGUUCCAGCCAGCCUCGGCCGCUCAUCAGCAUGGCUCCAUCCUCACGUCAGCGUCUUCGUCGUCCUCCUCCUCUUCUUCAUCAUGAAGUUCUGGAUGUCAGCAGUUUCCACCACAAUGCCCAUCCCCUCCGGCGCCUUCAUGCCAGUGUUCAUAUUAGGAGCUGCGUUCGGGCGCCUCGUGGGGGAGAUCAUGGCCACUCUCUUCCCGAAUGGAAUCCUGUUUGAUGGGAUAGUCUACCGCAUCCUGCCAGGAGGUUACGCUGUCAUUGGCGCGGCAGCGAUGACCGGCGCUGUCACGCACACAGUCUCCACUGCUGUAAUCUGCUUCGAGCUGACGGGUCAAAUCUCCCACAUCUUACCCAUGAUGGUGGCCGUCAUCCUGGCAAACAUGGUGGCCCAGGGUCUGCAGCCGUCUCUCUAUGACUCCAUCAUCCAGGUGAAGAAGCUGCCCUACCUGCCUGAGCUGGCCCUCGGGCACAUCAGCAAGUAUAACAUCUUUGUGGAAGACAUCAUGGUGCGGAAGGUGAAGUUCUUGUCUUCUCAAUCCACCUUUCGGGAAUUAAAUCAUCUACUAGAGACAACAACCCUAAAAACCAUCCCGCUGGUGGACUUUAAAGAAUCCAUGAUUCUUCUGGGCUCCAUCGAGAGGACCGAGCUCCAAGCUGUUCUGGACUGGUGGCUCUCGCCGGAGAGGCGAGUCUUCGAGAGGGGUCAGAGGUCACCAGGCCAGGGCUCCAAAGUCAGCUGGGAAUCCUUCACCUUUGUAGACGAGGAGGGAGGAGAGGAGGGCGCUGACAAGACCGCCCCAGUGCAGGAAGAAUGCAACGGCCCCGUCCCAUCCCCCCGACCUCAGGAGCUCGCCGCUCACUUCACGGGCUCAGACAAGCACAAGCUGGCGUCCGUCAGGAAAACCCUCCAGAGGCUCUUCUCCUCCACGUCCUCAACAAGCCAGACUGAUACGCAGGAGACCACAACUCCUCCGCUGACUGACACCCUGACCCCAGAGGAGAUCAAAGCCUGGGAAGAAGCAGAGCUGGACAAGCCCAUCGACAUGGAGCACAUUCGCAUAGAUCCGUCCCCGUUCCAGCUGGUGGAGAGGACGUCUCUGCACAAGACACACACUCUGUUCUCCCUGCUGGGUCUCAGUCACGCCUAUGUCACCAGUAUUGGAAAGCUGGUGGGUGUCGUGGCACUGAAAGAGCUGCAGAAAGCUAUAGAGGGCUCGACCCGCAGCGGGGUGAGGCUCCGCCCCCCUCUGGCCAGCUUUAGAGAUGCCAGCAGGAAAGCCAAGAAGCACCAGCCUCCCUCGUCCACCGCCUCCUCCCCUACGAGGGACAGAGACCUGUGGGGGGAGAGCAGCGCGAGGGAAGGGGAGCCGGCGCGGACGGAGUCCAAGGAGGACGCCCGGGUGAAGGCGUCCCCUUCCAGGGGAGCUCCGGGGGGGGGGGACAGCGCCCCCUCGUCCCUCGGCAGCUCGGGAAGCACCAGCAGCGGCUCCGCCGCCAAGGACGGCGCUAGCGGUGCUGCCCAGGAGCCAGCGUCCCCCUCCACCUCCUCCCCCGCCUCGGCCUCACCCCCUGCCCCCCGUGCGUCACCCACCAGCCACGUCCUCACACUGUCCUCCUUGCAAGAGGAGAGAGAGAGCGAGGAGUCGGACGAGCCCAUAUAGUGGCAGUGCAUAAACAGACUCCUAUCUUCUUGUGACGUCGCUCCUCCAUUGAGGAAUGGCGCCGACCUCACAGACCGUCAGCUCUGAGUGAACAGGGCGAGCUGGCGCACACAAAACUGCUGAAACUUGUAGUACAGGACGUUUUUAUACUCUGAUGACAAUCUCAGCUUUUUCACCUUUCAGAAUCUCAGGUGCCUCCUGCGUCUUUUGAUUUGCAGACAGACAGUCCAGCGUAAUAACAACGCUCAACGUCCGUCCACGUCUCACAUACCAGUGUCUAUUGACAAAUGCAAGAAAUCCUAAUUGUAUUCUAAUGGGGUAAUAUUUUAAUCAAGACCUAAUUAGUUUGAUCUACUCAAUCACACUUAGUAUCCUGAUUGAGGUUAAUUUGAAAUUUAAAUUUUACCUUCUUAUAUAUUAUAAUUUUAUUUACAGUAUGGUAAAUUGUCAAAUCACUAAUGCCAGCCUGUAAUUUUUUAAGGUAAUAAAUCUUCUUUUUGUCUUCUA